AAUGGUGUCGUCGAAAAUCCCCUGGCCCCCCUCCUAGGUCGUAGGAAUUACUUCGAAGUAUGCAAAGUAUACGUACCCCCACCAAAUCCCAAUCCGAAUCCGACUUUUCGAUCAAAAAUCGCCCUCGAGCGCGCGAUGCGAAGCCGCACCUUCCGUUCCAAAAGUGCUCCAAUUGCCGAAAGCGAGAUCCUGUUGCUGGUCUCAAAAUUUGCCAACCUUGUCGCGGCAAAAAUCGAGACCGGUACAACCAACGGAAAAAAAAUCGCGGCGCUGCUUGACCCCCAGCUGCACCCUAGGCCUCCCAAGCCAAGCCGGCGAGGCAGGCAGCUACCAGAAGGCGUGUGCUCGGGUUGCCGAAAGCGAGAUGCUGCUCCUGGCCUCAAAUCUUGCCAAGCGUGUAGAGAUAGGAAGCGUCGUGAGUGGAGUCGAAGGGCAAAGCCCGCGCAGCUGCUGCUAGUUACAAGACCUGCAGUAGAAGCGAGUCCUCUUUGCCUAGGCUGCAACAAGCGGGAUGCUGUUCCUGGCCUUACAAUUUGCCAAACGUGUCGAGAUAGACGGCGUUUCCGGGACAAUCGAGCGCUCAAGCAAGGCAAAUGCUCAGGUUGCAAAAUUCGGGAUCCGGUUCCGGGACUUAAAUCUUGCCAAAAGUGUCGAGAUAUGAAGCGUCAACAGUAUAGUCGAAGAGAAAAGCAGACGAAGCUAUUAGAAGCUACAGAGCUUCUGGAUAAGAGGCCCUUGAGCAAGUGCUCGAGUUGCAGGAUCCGAUAUGCUGUCCCCAAGUUCAAAUUGUGCCAAUUAUGUAAGAACAGAUCAAACUUCCGAGCUAGACGACUAGUUCAACAAGGUAAAUGCUCAAGUUGCAAAAGCCGAUAUCCCGUUCUCGGACUUAAAACAUGCCAGAACUGUCGAGACAAAAGACGACGCCCAAAGAAGCAACGAGUCGAAGAAACCAAGCGCUCAUUCAAUGGGUUCGGGGGUUCUACUGAUUCUGUGGUGAUUUCAAACCCUAAUGAUACAAAGCAUGCUCUUUAUGAGGGGCCUCAAGUUCCAAAACUGCCCGUUUUGAAACCACCCCCGCGACUUGAGGUGGUAGGGAAAGGAAAACCCCCGAAUUUCAGGGUCGCGAAUUCUGCUGAUGAGCCCUUGGUGCUUGAGCAACCUGUUGAGGCGAUGAACUUGCAAAAUGUCGACAGCAGAAGGUGCGGCAGCUGUUACAAGCAUGAUGUUCGCCCUGGUCGCUUGCAAUGCGAAAGUUGUAUACAUUCUAUGGAAGAGGUACUCGCGGAACGUAAAGCGCUAGGGCUAUGCGCAGACUGCGAUGAUGUACCAGUUCCUGGCUCCAACCGAUGUGAGAUUCAUCUUACAAGUAUGCGAGAGCACAGUGCGAAAGCGCAAAAGUAUGCGCGAGCGAGGGUUCUACAGCGGAGUCUCGACGGCAAGUGUACUUACUAUGUGCGGGAAAAAAAGGCCUCUCAUCAACAGAACCUACUGUCCCGAUUGUUCUAG